GCCUUCCCUUUAGUCUGUACUUGACAACGCCUUACGACGUCAGAGCACCGAAACUUCAAGGAAUUUACCUGGCUGCCGCGGGGGUCAGGAUCAAGCGAGUCAGGGAAGCAACAUGUCCUCGUCUUAAAAAAAACAAAAAAACAACACAAUUCAAGCAGCUGUCAGGUGCAACAAUGUGAAGUCGCCGAGUGACCUGUUUGUUUUUUGAGGAUUCGUUGCCUUUUUGACCCGCGUCCCAUGCAGACAGUGCGGUUUAGAUACUAAAACGUAAAAGGUAGCCUACUUCCGGGUUUGGAGCCCGGCUGAAAAAAAUAUAGGCUCGGCUUGGAUUUGGAGGUAUCCCAGCAUGGACAUUGAAAUGCAGAAUAUUCGGACGAAUGGGGAAAAUGGAGCUGCAUAUGUGAACGGGUCAACUGACCGGGUGACACCCGGUAAUGGAGAGAGUGUGGCUCUGGAUGCCAAAGAAACAGAUGUGUUGCUUUCUGUACAGGUCGACGGCUGUAAUGGUGGGAGGAAACCCUCUGAUCAUGCAGCAGAGCCUCAAGGGAACCAGGGACAUGCUUUAGGAGAGGGUUGUAAUGGGGAGGUUAUAACCUGCAGCGAUGAUUCAGAAUCUCAGAGGAAUCCGGGAAAUGCUUCUAGAGAGAUUAGAAGUAUAAAGAAAGAGCUGAAUGAGUUCAUCUUCUGGAAAGUCAAACUAUGGAUGGCCAUCAUCUUCAUCAUUCUCCUCAUCUUGGCUGUAAUUAUAUCUUCUCUGCUGCUAUGCUCAGUUAUCCAUGAGGACGUGGAUGAGAAAUUCGACCCAUCAUUGUUUAAGUUUCCUUUGUAUUUUAAUGGGAGUUUCCAGCUGCCCAACCAGGUCUUCAAAGAAGAACUUUUCACUCUGUCUUUCAACGAGAGCCAAACACUCGCUGCUGACCUUCAACAAAAGCUUGCUGACCUCUACCGAUCCUCCCCUGCUCUGGGACGGUACUUCUCAGGAGCGGAGAUAUACGCUUUUAGGAACGGAUCAGUCAUAGCUGACUACCAGCUGAAAUUUCUCAUGCCUGAAGAACAACAGGAUCCGCUGAGGAACUUUAUUCUGAGCAGGGAAAUGGUUUACAAUGUGUUCAGACAGUUUCUGUAUGACCAGGAGUCUGAUGAGUCAGGGCCGAUGUAUAUAGACCCAGUGUCCCUCAUCAUGUUUUUGAGACAGUAGUGUUAAAAGUUCACAGACUGACCUCGUCAUUCAAGUGGGACACUUUGCAAACACUAAACCACAUUCAGUAAGGGGGUUGUUUUAUACAGAUGAUUUGUCAGACUUCUGUGGUAUACUCCCACGAGAUGUAGAAACGUUGCAUGUGAUGCAGCUUGACCACAGGGAACUACAUGACUGCCGUCACAUAAGUCCAUUAUGGCUGUAGGUCAUACGGAUCAUCUGAAGGUCUGAUCUGCGUAAUAGGCUUUUAAAGACCGGUCUUAAUUAAAUUCAAUCCAAAGUAAAGGAACUGUCAGGGAAUAUAGACAACUGUCUCGGCUGAUUGAUUAAAUUAGCAAGAGAAUGUCUCAAAAAAAUCUGAUCUUUCUUAAUUCAUGAAAGAUAAUAAUUCAAGUUGUAUUUGAGAUUGUACUGAGUAUGAUUGUGCCUUUUAAACUGCAAGUUUAUUGAAUGUAACAGUGUUGUUUUUAUGUCACUGCUGUUAAUAAUUUAUAUGAUUCCCUAUCACUGUGAUCCAAGUAUAACCAGCAGUUACUGAGAAAUAUAUAUAAGAAACUGUGGCUGGAUACGUGUAUCUUUAAUGAAAAUAUAAGUGUUUGUAUUUGCAUAACUGUGCCAAAUGACUCCUGUCACCAGACAUGAUUUGCAUCUAAACCAAAACUGUGUUACACUCUUAAGAGAUUUGCCUUGAGAGCAACAAACACCGAUAUGAAAAUCAGCCUUGGAGAACUGUAAAGGGAAAUACGCUAUAAGUGAAAGCUACAUGCCCAUAAAAAAUAUUCUUUUAAAAAAAGAUCAACACUCUGUUCAGUAUGCCACUGAAUACAUCACGUAUUAUGCAAGUGUCUUAAUGUUUGGAAAAUAAAGCAGGGCUUUGUUUUAACAUUAUAAACCUGUAGUGAAAUAUUCCUCAUGGUUGAACACUAGAGGGAGUACAUGUCCCACUGGCAAGUCAGUUUCUGUCUGCUAUGGUUUUGUUUCUCCUGCCUUCUGUGUAUCUCUGCUGUCAACCAUCAAGCCUGACAUUGAUACUUCAAUCUUACAAUGUGUGGAUGGAAGCUUGUUGUAUUUAGUAGCACUGACAUGUUAAUCAACAGGAAGUGUGUCAGUACAUCAUGAAGCCUGUUUCCUGUCAGCGAUAAUGCCCACAGGUUUGUCCUCUAAUACGAUUACAGCUGUGAUUAAAGUUGAUACCAAUUGUCUGGUAACAAAGACUAAUUGUUCCAGCAGAUGGUUGUUAAUUGGUCCACUUUGGAGCUGGUGUCACGAGACCCCACGGAAAUGUUUUAUAUCUGAGCCGACAAAGACAAUAACUGCCUUUUUCAGCAGUUCGUUUUGUUGUUAACAAAACAACAACACAUCUUUUGGUAAUGGUUUGCUCGGUAUAACCAUGUAAGAUGCAUUUAUACACAAAAAAAUAAAGAAUGUUUUUUUUUUAUGAAAACUGAA